AUGGGUAACGGAGCCAAAGCACAGCAAAAGCGCGAUCGCAAGGGCGAGGGAGGCCCCAAGGAGGCCAAGAGUCAGCUGAAGGCCAACACCGCCGCCCAGACGAUCAAGUGCAAGACGUGCUUCCAGACUUUCCAGGGCACAACGAACCGCAAGCUGCUCACAGAGCACGCAUCGAACAAGCACAGCAAGCAAUUUGAGGACUGCUUCAACGCCGACGAGGGUGUCUCGAAGUAA